AUGGCUAAAGAUUUGAACGAAACAAGGCGAGAAUUAGCUGAUCUUGUGAAACGUCGUACCGAACUUGCAGAAACACUUAGUGCUCUUGAACAACAAAUUUACAAUUUUGAGGGUUCAUACCUGGAAGAAACGGCCGACUAUGGAAAUGUCGUAAAAGGUUGGGAUCGAUUAACACUCGUUGCACCACCAUCAAAAAAUAGCUUAAAAUUAGAUAAAAAAGGUGCAAGGAAAGGUAUGCGUGAAUCGGAGCGCUUAUUUUCUAGUUCUUCGGUUACCUCACCAGCAUCAUUAAGUCGCAGUGCUAUUCAGCAACCAAUACACGAAGAGAGUCCAAACAAUAGUCCAAGGCCUCUAUCAGGUAGAGAUGUUCCGUCAAAAAGAAGUGGUAGCAAGAAGAAGUCGCCAAAAUGA